AUGGUUUUUAACUCGUCGGCUGACUGAUCUCUCAGAAAAAAAUCUAUCAAUCCUUGGGUGGAGUAUUUUUUUUCUACUUUUUUUUACUCCCAUUCUCUACAAGGCAACUAUUUGCUCGGGACACAUACGUGAACCUCCUCAAAUUGGCGCACUAAUCCUAAAAGGAGCCAUGAAGUGUUAAACGGUAGAAACACAGAGAGCGGCGCUCAGACACCCGCACGCAGGGAGAGAGGGAGGAAACAGCGCAGCUCCAGUGCGUCUGUGCAACACAGGCUGAAGAAAAAAAAACUUAUCGACUCACAAAACCAGAACCUGCGCUGCGCAAUUAGUGCGAGAGAACUCACUUUUCCUUCGGUUUUGAAGAAAAUAAAUAAAGAAAUCAAGCUGGCUCAGUGCGUGUCUCAGCAGCCUACUUUGACAGGUGCUCCUCACCCCCUUUGGAGGACUGUCAACAGCAAGAGGAUGGCAUCAGAGCUGGCAAUGAGCAACUCCGACCUGCCCACCAGUCCCCUGGCCAUGGAAUAUGUUAAUGACUUCGAUCUGAUGAAGUUUGAAGUGAAAAAGGAGCCGGUGGAGCCCGAUCGCAGCAUCAACCAGUGCAGCCGCCUGGUCGCCGGGGGAUCCCUGUCUUCCACCCCGAUGAGCACGCCUUGCAGCUCGGUUCCCCCCUCUCCAAGCUUCUCGGCGCCCAGUCCGGGAUCAGGGAGCGAGCAGAAGACGCACUUGGAGGAUUUCUACUGGAUGACCGGGUACCAGCAGCAGCUGAACCCCGAGGCUCUGGGCUUUAGCCCAGAGGACGCCGUAGAGGCGCUGAUCAGCAGCAGUCACCAGCUCCAAACCUUUGAUGGCUAUGCCAGAGGGCAGCAGUUCGGCGGCGCGGCCGGGGCAGCGGGCGCCAUGGCCGGGGAGGAGAUGGGAUCAGCGGCCGCUGUGGUGUCCGCGGUCAUCGCUGCAGCCGCAGCCCAGAACGGUGCUCCCCACCACCACCACCACCAUCACCACCACCACCACACGGGGACACACCACCCCUCCUCCGGAUCUCAGCCAGGCGGCGGCGCGGGGGGCAACCACCAGCACAUGCGCCUGGAGGAGCGCUUCUCGGACGAGCAGCUGGUGACCAUGUCGGUGCGGGAAUUGAACCGGCAGCUCCGAGGGGUCAGCAAGGAAGAGGUGAUCCGUCUGAAACAGAAGAGGAGGACGCUUAAGAACAGAGGCUAUGCGCAAUCCUGUCGAUACAAGCGGGUCCAGCAGCGGCACGUCCUGGAGGGAGAGAAGACGCAGCUGAUGCAGCAGGUGGACCACCUCAAGCAGGAGAUCUCCCGGCUGGCCAGGGAAAGGGACGCCUACAAGGAGAAAUACGAGAAGCUGAUCAGCACCGGCUUCCGAGAAAACGGAGGGUCCAGCAGUGACAACAACCCCUCAUCUCCGGAGUUUUUCAUGACAUCAAGAAAGUUCCUCCACCUGUGAUAGAGAGCUACGUUUUCUUGAUCCCGCCAGCCCGGAGGCUGAGACAUCAUCACGCUGGAAUGCUGUUUCCUGGACAACCUACGGCACCCGGACUGCCAUAAAGCACAAGUCUAAAAAGCAAAGCGCCCCACCCUCCCAGAAGCUUCAGGAUGACCAAUCUACAGAAACCCCCCAAAAACACUACCCAACACUAAAGAUGACCAUUUUUAUAAAGGAGCCUGAAAUCAUCCACUCUGAUUAAAACUGUGCAGGAAACAUCUUUUAAAUGAGACUCAACACCAUCUUUAUUCAAAAAGCCAAAAAAUCAUUCCAGAAAAUUCCCAACAUUUAUUAAUCCCUCAGCUGAUUAAUAACACUUUAGUUUAAUGAGACAUCCACCCCAGCUUUAGCCUACCCCUACAGACACGGAGGUUGUAAAUACUGUACAGACGACUAAUAGGGACAAUGAUAAGAAAUAAAAUUAUUGCAAAUAAUGUACAUAGGCAUAAGAAUCAUACUUCUAGUGGGUUUAUAUAUCCAUGAGUGUUCUGUGCUCAUUUACUUUUUAUUUCUUCUCGACCCCUCAAAACAGUUUUUAGCACAAAAAAGAAUGAAACCAGAAACAGAUUAAAUUAACGGACGAUUAUUAGGAAUAUUAACGCACAUGUUAGCCCAUUAAAACAGGGACGUGCAUUUUUCUAAGCAAAGGAAACCCUUUUUAAUCCAAACCAACCAAGCAAAGAAAGCCGUUGAGUAGAAUGUAUAUGACCCCCCUCCUGUAUCAUGUACCGUGGUUUAGCCCUGUAGUGAUGUGACGUUUGGCAGCUUUUGUAUUGUGCAGUCAGUCUUUUAUUUGUUUCAAACCAACUGCUUCCUCUUCGAUCCUUGUUUGACUUGCCCCAACUCCUCAUGGAUUAGAGAGCCUGAACCCCAACUGGCCGCUCUGCGACCAGGCGCUCGCUCAGCUCCCACAGGUUGGCGGCGCUGCUCGGAUCCUCUGCCUGGAUGGACGGCUGGCAGCGGAAGCAGUUGUUGAAGUACAUGCCGCCUGAACCCUCCAGCUCUGGAGCUACCGCGCAGUAGACCGUGGUUGCUGAACCUUGUUGCUGUGGACAGAAAAAAAAAAGAAAAAGGGGUACAAGGUCAGUUGGGACAAAUCGUGGCUCUGUGACAACGAGACGGCUUCAUCCUGCAGGAGGAAGCAAAAUACGGAGAACUCAUCUACUCACACACAGCCAUUAGGAUGCGCCCUGUCCAGAGAGGACAAACAGUGGACACCGGCAGCGUCCUUUAUAAGACACACACAUACGCAUGCACGAACACACACGCAGCAAGAGAAAGCUCCACGGAGUGGUCACAGGAAAAAAAAAUGACUCAUGCACACGCUGUCUCACCCUGCUCCCUGUAACCCAUGACGACUGGGUUAAAUUACCACGGGAGCGGCAUACUGUACAUAUAAUAAUGUACAUAUAUUUAUUUAUUUAUCUUUUUACAUGUGCAGGACCUUCUACUGUACAGGACGAACAGGAAACAAGACCGGUUCCGGUCUGGAUGGGAUUAAUUGUGAAAACACAGCUUUCAUGUACAUGACUAACAGAAAAAAAGGAGUUUUGAUGGUAAUGAAUAUGUAUAUUUUCACAUUAUGUGUACAGGGAGCUCAGCGGGGCUUGUAAAGCUGAAUAUAAGUAUCAAAAAGUACAAUUCUGUAUCUAUAUAAUAAGUUAGUUGGUUACACACAUUUACACCACACAAGGAUUUAUUUUUCUCAAGGUUAAAGGAGGAGAUUAUAAAGUCUCCAGAAAGUUUUUACGUCGUCUCAAACCCAGACGCAGUGCAAAAGUCAAAAGGGUAUUUGGAUGCAACCUGCUAAGUUUCCCACCCCAGCCCACCCCAUCAGUCAUUAAUUAGCAGGGAUAUUCUUGGAGGGGAGAUUUCUGUGACAUUUGAAAAUGAAAGUUAAAACAGCAGCAGAAUAAACACAUCAGAGAGCAUUACACACAUAACCCGACUGCUCAAAGAGGGAUCUUUCAUGUUGCAGCUCCCGCUCAAAGCUGCUGUGACAGCUUCCCGGCAAACUCCGGCUCUGGAGACGACUUCUGUACAACCACAUGAAAUGGCUCGCGCGCUCUUUAUCUUCCGAUGAGCAUGAUGAGAGUUUUAGCGCAGAGCACUGGCACACACUGAGACGAGCCCAUAUGCGCCGUAGUCAAACAUAGGCAACACACACAGAUAUACGCACAUGCAUAAUGGAGGCACAUUACACGCCAACUGUUUGAACAGUUUCCUAAAGCAGCUGCGAGGCCAGCAUGCAUGACGUGGAAGGAUCUUUAGAGGGCUAAAGAUUCAGUUAAAAAUAUACACUGAAUGCAUUUGCAAGUGACAAAAUAUAAAUAAAAUUAAACACAAAGCAGAUUUGGAGAACUGCUUUCCUCCGUACCGACUCUCUCACACACACUGUGCAGGACCAGCUCUGCAGCAGCAGAUUGAGCGUGUUUGAAGUGCAGCAUGAUGAGAGAGCUGGUAAACGGCAGAUGAAACGGCGGCAUCUCUCUGAGCGUUGCCGUCUGUCUCACCUGCCAGUGAGGCGAUAACUUUACCCACGUCACAUGUCGCCAUAUCAAAGACAGACAAAUGCCAGGCAGUGUCUCUGAGUUGGAGGUUCAUACACACUCCGUCUCACUCAUCUCCCUCACUUAGGGCAUCUGAUUUAGUUUGUCUGAAAGCGAAAUGCCUUUUAAACUUGACAGAGGGUUCAGGUUCUGGGGGGCGCUGACUCACUGACACCCCUUGAACUUGGCUAACUUUCAGAGAUGUUAGUGUGCACUUACUGUUCCUGCUUUAAGGUAAAACACAGAGCUAAAAAUAUCAAAUUAUUAUGAUUUCUGUCAUUGGAAAUCUUCUCUAACGUGUUUAACAAGUCCUUCAGUUCUUUAUAAAGUAAAUCCAGAGCACAGCGGUCAAGUUGGAGGCAGAUAAAGUAUUACAUGGACUGUUUGGACUAUCUUAUUGGUGUUUAGCUCAUUCCCCCCCACCACUUGAUCUUGCGACCUCUGUAAGAGAUAAGGCUGAUGAGAUUAGGCAUUAACAUGCUCAGCCACCCACCACGGCCAUUUAUCAUUGUGUGUGUGUGUGUGUGUGUGUGUGUGUGUGUGUGUGUGUGUGUGUGUGUGUGUGUGUGUGUGUGUGUGUGUGUGUGUGUGUGUUCGACAGCGAGCGUUACACACAGUUGCACACAGGUACAUUUACAUGUAGGAACAAAAGAACACACACACUCCUAGGUAGGGACACAGUAAGGCUAUUCAGAAUCAUCUACAAUGAAGAAGUCCUGUAGGUUUAGAUCUCAGCGUGUCUUUCUGUGUUCUGCAACUAAACGAGAGUCACGUGUGCAGAACUUUUCUAUGAAGCUCUACUGAUUUUUAGCUCUUUUUCAGUCAGAGUGCAAAUUUGGACUUGACCAAAAAAAUUAGGAUGUGAAAUUUGAUUUGGACUUUUAAAACCAACACUAAGAAACACUAAGCCCAAUAACAACCUCAAAAGAUCGUAAAACUUAGAUAUGAAAGAUCCUUCUUUGAUUGGAUAUUUACUUAAAGGCACUCACAAGCUCCCCUCUAAAUACUAUACCCUUACCAUUCAGUUAUUUAAAGAAACUUCAUAUUUUAGUUCUUAGAAGCUAAAGAACCCUAACCCUGACCCUAAAACAAUCUCAGCUGUGCAUUAACCUAGCUUUGAAAGCUUUAUGCUAAACUGUGUCAUUAAUGAACAGGAGCAGCGUUCAGAAACCCAAAUCACACAAAAGAAAAUCCACUCUAAAGCUACAAUAAUAAUAAUUAGAAUAAGCUGUACCUAAUCCUAAAAUAUACCAAAAGAUUACAGCAAUAAAACAAUCCGAAAGAGUAAAAUACCUCAAGAACUUUACAGACCACUUCUAUAAAAGGGUCCAAACACUGGGAGUAAAACACAUCCUGCAAUAAACCGACGUUUGGUGAGCAGCGCUAGUUCUGGGACCAGAUCUGAGUCUUCCAAACUCAAUACAGACCCGGGAACCUCCUGGACGUGCAAUAGGAAUGUCGUUGUAAAGUAUUGAGCAAUAAGCGGUAGUCGAGAAAUCCUCGCUGAGCGUAUUCACAAGCUAUACGGAGAGAUGCUACGUCGUUGAAUCCACCGUAACGUUACUUUUGGUGUGUUUUGUUCAGUGUCUUUGUCAUCCCAGUCGUACUCAGCUGUAUGAGCUUUCUCUGACCCCUAUGCAUGUGACCUUUGACCCUCACACACAUCUGUAGUUAUGGCAUCGUCCUCCUCUCCUGACCUGGGUGUAAAUAAGCCAUUAUUGUGUCUUUUUGGGCUCACCCCUGUACAUAAUAAACCUGUAAAUAAUAACUGCUAUGCAUGCUGAGAAUUUAGCAAUUCUUUCAGGUACUUUUAUAACCUCUCAUAAAGCAUGUGCGGGAAGAAAAAAAAAGUAGAAAAAUAGAAAAGAACACAACAAAAAGGUUUCAAAUAAACAAGUUGAUAAUAUUGUCAGGCAAUAUCCUCUCUUGGACAGUGUGCGUAGAGUCUUCCUGUUUUCUUACUCCUGUGGGUGGUUCUCUUCCAUGUCCUGUGUUUUCUGCUCACCAUCUGUGUCAGUUGUUGUCAGUUGGCAUUUGUACAGCAGCGAGGGUUGAGGCAGAGCAGAGAAGAGAGGGGCGGCUGACCUCUGUGAUGGCGCUCCAGUUCAGCAGCGGUACUAAAGCUGGCAAAGCUAUCCACGCCUGGGACGCCGUUUGAGAAGUUGGUUCCUGGCACCAACAGUAGAUCAUUACAGCGCACGCCCGUGUGAACGCCCUUUAGAUUUGCAGCAAAUCUACAGAAAAUCUGUAUUUGUUUUGUCAAAUUCCCAUUUUAGUUUAAGUUUGGCAAGCUGUCAGGAACACAGGGGCAGUUUUAUUCCAUUUUAGUAAUAUUUAAACCAAACUGACGUGUGAACUAAGUGUUUUUGUCCCUCAUUUAUGGAAACAAAGUUCCCAAACUCCACAAACAUUUGGUGGAAAAGAAAAAGUGCGAAGGCUUCAGGAUUUCUGUCUCUUUUAUUUAAGGGAUCAGGAGGAGUGCAGGUUUUGGCUCAGCCCUCUGCCCAGCCUCGUGUCGUAGCUUUUCUCUGAGUCGGACUCCAAACUGAUUGUGAUUCUGUUUCAGGAAUGUUUUUAGUUUCUUUUUUUCAACCUGUGAUGUUCAAAAAUAUAUGGAGGUGUCUGAUUUUAAAUCUGUGCUAAAGAUAUUUUACAUUUAAUAAAUAACCAUUGAAAGCAAA